AUGGCACAGAAUCCAGCUGAUCCUGAUCGUAAGGCUCACUACGAGGACGUCGCCGGAAAGACCUUUCUAGAAGCGGAGGAAUCUGCGGCGAAAUCUGCCGCUGCCAAAGCUGGCACUGAACUUACAAAGCAAUUUGUUACGCAUGCCCAGUCUCGUGGCAGAAUGUGUCUCAACAACUACGUCCUUCGAAAGACUAGGGUUUUGAGUUCGGAGGAGGUGCACAACAAAGCAGUUAAGCUGCACGAUCGAGCAGGGGAUAUAGCCAACGAGUUGCAGAAUUUGCAAAUGAUGGUUGCCGAGCUGGUCAACCCGAAAGAUCUAGUCAAGUACAUGAUGCUUCCUAUCUGGCAUCCCGAGCAGCUGAAGGAUAUCAUUAAUAUGCACCAUGCCACGCGUAAUGUGGAAACCCUGCGAGUAAGGUUAUUAAAACGCAAGCUGCGUGCGCUGAAGAAGUUGGAGCGAGAGAUCGUGUCCGAUGAGAAGGCCAUAAUGAAGCACAUAAAGCGCCUGGACAAGAAGAUUUUGUCAUACUGUGAGGACCAAGACGACCACCUUCAGUCAAAACUGUCACAACUCCAGGUUUUGGACACGGAACAGGAGUGGGGAGGCAAGGCAUGGAACUUUGCUGAUUUAAUGCCGGUGUCUCAAUUGCUUGUGGGUUCACUUUGA